AUGUUCUGCAAUCACUUACGCCUUGUUUUAAAACACAAAUUUCCUCUGCACUUCAAUGCAGUACUAACUUUACUAUUGAAAACAAGCGAAAGCCAGUCACUUUGUCCCGACGUCUGGUAUUCUAUAAUCAAUGUCCUCUUGUCGCUGGUUGUCCCUCAAAUGGCACCAGGCUCAUCACCAUUGUUAAGAAUAGGACCUGAUAUGAACCCUGGGCGCAUCAUGGAAGAUUUACGACAGUAUGCAGUCAAUCAAAAACUACUGGACUUUCAGGAGUUGUUGGAUACAGCUGCUGUUCUUGCAAGUCAUUUCAACCGUGAACGUCUACAAUAUGGUCUUUAUGGAUUGUACCCAAAGUAUAGAGUUUAUGUAGAUGCUUUGGCAAUUUUCUUAGGCUUGAUAGGUCAUACCUUGGUUGUUAGCACUCUUCAAACUGGGCGAGGCAUGGCAUCUAACAAACUAGUGGAGCAGCUAUGGCCAACUGUCUCCGCAAUGUUCUUCCCCUGGAUUGCUCCGUAUUGGACUGAUCAGUUGACUGAACCAACUGCAGCUUGGAUUCAGCAACUCACUGAUGACCGAUCAGUUUUGCCUCCAUGGAUAGUUGGAGAUGCAUCAUAUGCACAACGUAUUAUGGGAACAUUUGUAGAAGUCAUGAGAUUUGUUUUAGAUACACUGCCAGCCAGCAGUAAUCUCUUGGGCUUCAUAUGGCAGUUUUAUGUGUCUCAUUUUGCCCACACUGCAAUCAAAGAACAUACUUUGACUGUUGUUCACACUAACCUACUCACGUUGCCCUGGAUGCGAUUUUGGCCAGCUCCCUCCCAUCUAGAUCUAAUGCUCAAGGUGGUAGACCAAUACUUACCUGACUGCCAUGCUUUUCUUGGCGUACUUUUUAUUGAAAUCCCCUGGAACCAAUGGCUAGCCCAGGCAAGUGUUUCUGAACCACCAAUGGUAGUUGUUCGCCUUCACACCUGUCUUUUGCAUUUGUUAGUAAAGCUUGCCAAUGAGCCUAGCGUACGUCAGUCAGGAAAAAUUUUGUCUCUCUUAGUUGAGGCUCGUAAACUUGCUUGGCACCUAUUAGAUGCCCAUGCUUAUGAGCCAGUUGUGAAUUGGUACGUGAUGAGUGUUGAUCCUCGGGCAAUUUUGCGAGUAGAAGACCAGGAGGGAAGUGCUAUAGACAGUGCUGUUAUAUAUUUAUUGCAAGUAGCUGCUGGAUACACUGUUAGCACCACUCAAUUCCAUUCCUCAACACUUCGCAAAAGACAAAUGUUUGUUCGUGCCGGAGUGAGAGUUCUUGUAACAUGUGCAAGCAAGUAUAAGGCAAUGUUAAGUUCAAAUAAACAGGACUUCUGUGAUGCAAUCCAACGCAUGUUAGAUGAUAUUGAAGUAGUUGUUGCUGCCACUGUGCCACAACCACAACAGGUUCCUGAAGCAGGUUUACUCGUGACAGAACUACUUGGAGCAGUUAAUCAGCCACCAGGCAGUGUUUUGGGGACAAUGGCUCUUGAGAGUUGUGUUUCUUGGCUAUCAGCUCUUGGUUCUGUACCUGGGUCACAACGUCAAAGUGUUGUUGUGGUUCCUUCAUUACUUAAAGUUGUAGGAAUCUCUGUAAAUGACUCUACAGCUCUUGGCUCUUUACUUGAAGCAACAUUUGAAGCUUACUUUAAUAUUAGUGCAGGUGAUGAAGGACAAAAUCAUUGGGCAAGUGCUGUAUGUCUACUGCAGCCUACUAUCCCACGUCAACCACCCACAGAAGAAGUUUUAAUUUCAAAUGGACAUAUGUUGAGUCUCCAUGGUCUUCUUCUUCUUCAGCUUCAGUCUUGCCGUGACAUAAGGGAAGAGGCAAUUUUACUGGCAAGUCUUUCCACAUGGUUGAACUGUGUUCGCCCUACGGAACAGUUGGAAUCAAAACUUCCUCUCCUGUGGUGCCAAGUUUUACACCUAGCACACAGACAGAUUUCUCAAUCUGGUGAUCGCAACACUGCGGCUUCUAGCCUACAUCAACUAGUUCAACAUGCAGAGACAGUUGCAGAUCAUAAAGCAGGAGGUUGGGGCUUACUCAGUGCCAUUGGAAUUGGCAAACAACUAUCUGUAUCACCAAGGUGUCGUCUUUUGUGCCGUUUUCUUUGUGCCUACGUGUCUGCCCAGUUGCCUGAGAGCAAGAUAGACAACAAUUGUGUUAGGUGUGCUCCAAAUUCUCCUGGUUCCAUAACAAAUGGUCCUAAUACUAGAUCAGACCCAAUGAUAGACAUCCAUCCAUCUCAAGAUGCUCUUAAGAAUCUUUCUGCUUUAGAGGGUUUAUUGACCAACAAAAUAUAUGCUGGUGUUAGAUCAUGUGUAGAAGCAUCAGUAAUUUAUGUGCGAAACCCAGAAAAUUCUCUCCACAAUGCAGGAGAGAUUCUACAAGUUCUCUCCAAACAAUUGUAUACUGAAAGAUACCUGCAUACCACUCUUGAUGUUCCAAGGACAAAUACUGCAUAAAGAUUUGAUGUGCUACUUAACUUUUUCUUUUUGCACUGAAGUAAGAAUUUUAUUGCAAGAAAUGUGCCAUUUUUAUUAUUUUGUUGCUUUAUUUUGGUUAUUAUUAAUGUACAUGUGUUCCCCCCCCCCCCCCUUUAUUCUUUCUUUUUCUACUUGUGUUACCCAUCUUACUUUGCUGAAUUAUUUUUAAUAGUUUUUUCUCCUCUUUCUUGUUCCUGAAGUAGUUUGUGCACUUAAUAUCCUUACCUUUACACUGAGCUGUGAUAAAACAAUUAAUUCAAGAAAAAAAUUCCUGGCGCUUAUCUUCUGUUGUUUGAAGCUGUGAUAUUUUUGUUCAACCGUGGACCCAUGUUGUCACUCGCUCUAAGUCAUAAAAUAAGAAAUCGUUAUCGAUCAUUCUAAUUCUAAUUGUUCUAAUUGUUGCGAUUAAAGGUUUAUCCUCACACUCA